UCAAAAACCCAUUAACGUUACCGUUCUUCUCUAACCAACUUCUUACCUAUGAAACACGAACACAAAUGGACACCCAAAUCUGGCUUCUUGGUUUUCCUCUGUUUCAACCUGUUCAAUCAAUGAAUAAUCGAGGUUAGUUUGAGAAUCUCUGCAUUUUAAUGCACAUGAAAUAUGGUUUAGAUUAAUGUAUUUACUGAAUUAGAACACCCACCUCCCAGGUGUACAGGAAAACAGACAUUUUCUCUCAUUUCCUCUUGGAUCUGUUUUCCUGUAGGCCACAUUUUUUCUCACUUUUUCUCAAUUCCCUCAAACGGGUCUUUUCUUUUAGGUAUGAACUUUGGUACCCAUAUCUUGUUUUUUAUAAUCUGCUUUUAUUUCAUCAUAAACACUAUCCAUUCUUCAUCAACCAACAGCUCUGAGUCCAAUCCUGAUUCCUUUGUUUUGACCUGUGGUGUCACGAGUGAGGCAAGAGACUCCGAUGGCCGGAAUUGGAUUCCGGAUUCCAAGUUCCUCUCUUCUGCGGAUUCCAUUCCGGCCAAAGCUAAAUACCAAGAUCCUUCAUUGCCUUCCACAAUUCCUUACAUGAAUGCCAGAAUUUUCACAUCUGAAUUUACAUACAAAUUCCGCAUUUCUCCCAAGACACGCCAUUGGGUGAGACUCCAUUUCUAUCCAUCUUCUUACAGCAAAUUCGAUCCCUCCAUUGCUCUUUUCAAUGUUAAUAUCAACGACUACACACUUCUCAGCAAUUUCAGUGCCUCAAUCACAGCCCAAGCCCUCACACAGGCUUAUAUCAUCAGAGAAUUCUCUGUCCCACCAAUCCAAUCUGAUUCUCUCACUGUCACUUUCACCCCUUCCUCGCUGGACAAUGAUUCCUACGCUUUCAUCAAUGGCAUUGAGAUUAUUUCCAUGCCCGAAAUUUUUCAAUCAGUACCUAUGGUUGGGUUUUCGGCACAGUUCAUAGAUGCAAAUCACUCUGCAUUGCAGACUAUGUUUAGACUAAAUGUUGGUGGGCAGUACAUACCGGCAAACAAUGAUUCAUCACUUAGCCGAACAUGGUAUGAUGACUCGCCAUAUUUAUACGGUGCAGCCUCUGGUGUCACCUCUGAAGCAGACAAGAAUGUCACAAUUCGGUAUCCUGCCAAUGUACCCAAGUACAUUGCUCCUGCUGAUGUGUACAGCACCGCGAGAACAAUGGGUAUUGAUCCCCGAGUUAAUCAGAACUACAACCUGACAUGGGUAUUCCAGGUUGAUGCAAAUUUUACAUAUGUUGUGAGAUUCCAUUUCUGCGACUACCAGGUUUCGAAGAUUAACCAGAGGGUGUUCGAUAUUUUUAUCAACAACCAGACAGCACAACAAUCUGCUGAUGUGAUUGCGUGGGCAGGGUCAAUGGGAGUGCCAGUGUACAAGGAUUUUGCAACUCAUGUCAACGACAAAAAUGGGGAAUUAUGGGUGGCUCUUCACCCUUCUUUAUCGAUGAAUCCUGAAUUCUAUGAUGCAAUUCUCAAUGGAUUGGAGAUCUUCAAGAUCAAUGACACGGAUGGGAACUUGGCGGGGCCAAACCCUGUGCCAUCGCCAAUGCUUCAAAAGGCCUUGUCUCGCGAAGAAGAGAGGUCUUUUGCGAAAUCACAGUCCUACAGCAGAAGCGCCUUAAUUGGUGGGAUUGGAGGAGGGGUGGCUGGUGGUGCUCUAGUUCUUGCAAUCAUAGUUUUUGUCAAGCAUAAAAAGCGCAUAGACAAUGGAAAGAAGUCCAGCAUAGCUGGUUGGUUGCCACUCUAUGGCAGCUCAUACUCAUCAGCACCUAAAUCAAAUGGCAGUAAAAGCCUUUCAACUCUAGGUGGAGCUCUCUGUCGACAUUUUUCCUUGCCGGAGAUAAAACUUGCAACUCAGAAUUUCAAUGAGUCCCAAGUUAUUGGUGUUGGAGGAUUCGGGAAAGUUUACAAAGGCAUAGUUGAUGGAGGGAUUAAAGUUGCCAUUAAGAGGUCAAACCCAUCUUCAGAACAAGGAGUUCAUGAGUUCCAAACUGAAAUCGAUUUGCUUUCGAAGCUGAGACAUAGGCAUUUGGUCUCUCUGAUUGGUGCUUGCGAAGAAGAGCAUGAGAUGAUUUUGGUUUAUGAUUACAUGGCCAAUGGAACUCUGAGAGAGCAUCUCUAUAACAGCAAAAAACCUCCUCUUUCUUGGAAACAAAGGUUGGAAAUAUGUAUUGGUGCUGCCAGAGGCCUUCACUAUCUUCACACUGGUGCAAAGUAUACCAUCAUUCAUAGGGAUGUUAAAACUACAAACAUCCUUUUGGAUGAUAAGUGGGUUGCAAAAGUUUCAGAUUUCGGUCUCUCGAGAACAGGUGCUAGUCUGAACGAAACCCAUGUUAGUACAAUGGUGAAAGGUAGCUUCGGAUAUUUGGAUCCAGAGUAUUUUCGAAGGCAAAAAUUGACAGACAAGUCUGAUGUAUAUUCUUUCGGAGUAGUCCUUUUUGAGGUGUUAUGUGGUAGGCCAGCGCUUAACUCAAGCCUUCCACAUGAACAAGUUAGUCUUGCAGAUUGGGCAUUGAGCUGCCACAAGAAGGGAAUUCUUGAGACAAUCAUUGAUCCGUGUAUCAGGGAAGAGAUUAAUUGCAAUUGCUUGCAAAAGUUUGCAGAAGCAGCUGUGAAUUGCUUGUCUGAUCAAGGCAUUGAUAGGCCUUCGAUGGGUGCUGUGCUUUGGAAUCUUGAAUUUGCACUCCAGUUGCAGCUCAAUCCUGAUCGACCUAACCUGGUGGCAGAACAGAAGGCAAAUAAUGCUUAUGUUAUGCAUACAAAAUUGUUAAGCAUUGAAGAGGAGAGUGACAAUGGUAAGGACAGCCCGGAUGCAAUCUUCUCGCUGAUAGUAAAUCCACAGGGAAGAUGAUUGUAAACAUAAUUCUUGGUUGUUAUAUUGUGUUGUGCUUCUUCAAUUGGCUCUCAGUUGGCUUUCCCAGAAGCACAAAGGCUGUUAGACCUGAUAGUAACUAGUAGUAAGGGAUUCAGAAUCUUCUUAGAGCUAUAUUCAACACUGCCUGGUAUUAACUUACUAGUAUCUGUACUUCCAAUGCUAUGCUUAGCUUUUGCUUCUUUCUUGGCAUUGUUGUUUUAUAGAAAAUGUAGAGCAGAUAGUUGAAGAAGCUUGAUCGAUUAGUUUGUGCUUUAAGCUUUAAUAUUUUGUUAAGUCCACUAGUUUAUGCAAA